AUGAAUUCAUUAUUUAAUUCUGCGCUGAAGCAGACGGCGUCGGUGAAGAAGGACCUAGCAAGCUUCGCAGAGUCUCCGGUCAGUUCAUCCCCGGCACUACAAGGCCAGAUAUCCGCGUCCCUAGCCUCGCUCGCGCGCACAAUCGAUGACUACGACUCCAUGGCACGCCGGGAGAUUGUCCCGGCCAAACAGGAAAAGGCGUUUCAGCGCGUCAAGAACUUCCGCAAAGAGAUGAGCGAAUUCAGGCAGCAGUUUGACCAGCUAAAGAGCGAUCGGGCCGAGAAGGAGCAUACAGUUGCCCGUGGAGAGCUGCUGGGUCGGCGCGGGCAUAGCUCGGCGACUCCGGAGAAUCCAUAUGCGAAUACCCAUACGAGGAAUCACUCGGCAUCGUUGCAGCACUCACCAUUUGCACCUGCUCCCGGAAGUGGGCUGGGCAUGGGAAGUGGCAGUAUGCAGAGGGAGGAUCAUGUGUUCAGAGAGAGGGAUUUUAUGAGUAGGACCAAUGACCAACUUGAUGAUUAUCUGGAUAGAGGCAGGGCCGUAUUGGCAGAUCUGGGAGAGCAGAGAGCGAUGCUCAAAAACACCCAGAGGAAGCUGUACAGUGUGGCCAACACCCUGGGGGUGUCGAGGGAUACGAUUCGCAUGAUCGAGAGAAGGGCCUCACAGGACAAGUGGAUAUUUUACGGAGGAGUUAUCGUCUUCUUCGUAUUUUGCUACUUGGUGCUGAGGUGGCUACGUUGA